UGGCACAUAUUUUAUUACUCCCGACAGGAAUCAUGUUGCUCCUCUGGCUGCUGCUACUCACCCUACUGGCUCUAAAUCUCUGGCUGAGACACAAGUACGCCUACUUCAGGAACCUUGGGAUUCCCUACCUUCCUGCCUCCUCCUGGUCACCGAUGGGCAACCUGGGCCAGCUUCUGUUCUUGCGCAUUUCUUUUGGUGAUCUCUUUCGACAGCUCUACGCAGAUCCACUUUGUGGUGGAGCCAAGGUUGUGGGCUUCUUUGUCUUCCAAACACCGGCUCUGAUGGUGCGAGAUCCGGAGCUUAUCCGCCAAGUGCUGGUCAAGAACUUUAACAGCUUCCUGAACCGCUACGAAUCGGCGGACGUGGAAGACACCAUGGGUGCGCUGAACCUGCCGCUGGCCAAGUACCAUCACUGGAAGGAGAGUCGGCAGUGCAUGUCGCAGCUCUUCACCAGCGGACGCAUGCGGGAGGUCAUAUAUCCGCAGAUCUUGGAUGUGGCCAGCGACCUGGAGAACUUCCUCAACCGAAAGCUGCGAAGUCGUCCAAGUCGGGUCCUCCCACUGACCCGCAUGUGCCAGUUGUACACCACCGAUGUGACUGGUAAUCUCUUCUACAGCCUGGAUGUGGGCGGAUUGCGUCGGGGGCGAUCUCAGCUGCUGGAGAAAACCAGGGAGUUAUUUAACACGAACUUCCGCAAGGUUCUGGACUUCAUGAUCGUGUUCUUCCUGCCCAAGUGGACGAAUCUGUUGAGACCUAAGGUUUUCAGCGAGAACUAUGCGCAGUUUAUAAGGGAAGUGGUGGAGGAGCAUCACGACCACAAGAAGGAUGAUCUGAUCAAUCAACUGCAACAAUUUCAGAUCAGUCGCUCCUCGGACCACUACUCCCAACACCCUGACUUCAUAGCCUCUCAGGCAGGCAUCAUCCUGCUGGCCGGAUUUGAGACCUCCUCAGCCCUAAUGGGAUUCACUCUCUACGAGCUGGCCAAGGCACCUGGUAUCCAAGAGCGACUGAGACAGGAGCUGAGUGAGGCCUUCGGUUCCACCUCCACCCUCUCCUAUGAAACACUGAACGCUUUGCCAUACCUCAAGAUGGUAUGUUCGGAGGCACUGCGUCUCUAUCCGGCUGCUGCAUUUGUCAACAGGGAGUGUACCAGUUCGGAAGCAGGCGGAGUCUCCCUGCAGCCGCAUGUGGACUUUGUGGUGCCCCCCGGCAUGCCAGCCUACAUCUCCAUACUUGGCCUCCAACGUGAUGAAAAGUAUUGGCCCGAGCCCCACCGCUUCGAUCCCGAGAGGUUCGCCCCCGAACGGACUAAGGAUAUUCACCCCAUGACCUAUAUACCAUUUGGAGCUGGUCCCCAUGGCUGCAUUGGCAAUCGUCUGGGAAUCCUUCAGCUAAAACUGGGCAUAGCUCACAUCCUAAAGCUGUAUUCGGUGGAGGUUUGCGAGCGAACAGUAGCCGAGAUUCGUUUCAAUCCCAAAUCCUUCAUGUUGAAGUCGCAGGAUGAGAUAUACCUAAGGUUCUGCAGGGAUACUUUUUAG